CCAGUGCCGGAGCGGAGCGGCAGCGGGUGGGGGGCACCCGGCCCGGGGGAGUCCCGGAGCGGGCAGCGGUACCGGUACCGGGGGUCGGAGCGAGCAGCGGGGUCGGGGCAGCAUCGGGAAAGGGUCCGGGUAACGGGGCAGUGUCGGGGGUGUCGGUACCGGAGGUGCAGCGGUGGGAUAACGGCGGUGCUGGGGGGUGAGGAGAGGUGUCGGUUCCGGGGACCUCACCCGUCACUGGUUCCCCGUUAACGGAGUGGGAUAAUACGCAAUGGGAGAGCUGCGAUAGGAUAAGGAGAAGGGGAUCCCGGUACCGGGAGUGAGGAACGGGGUUGGUACCGGUACCCUGUAUAGAAUAUAGAAUAAGGAAAAAGGGAGUCCCGGUGCUGAGAGAGGGGAACCGGCCCGGUAUCCGAGAGUAGGGUUGGGAUAAGGAGGAUUCCGGUACCGGGAGAGGGGAACGGAUAAGGAGAAAGGGGAACCGGUACCGGUGCUGGGAGAGAGGAGCGGAUCCGGUAGCGGAGCGCAGGGCUCAGGUGCAGCGCAGGGGGAAGGGUGGAACCGGGGCGGUGCCGGUGCCGGUUCCCGGUCUGCAUCGGGUCAGUGGGGCUCCCAGCUCCCACCCGAGCGCUGAUCCCAGACCCGUGGGUGUGAGAAGGAAACGACACCGACCCGCCCCUGAGCACCGGGACCCUCUAAAAGCCCCGGGGCCGCCCCGCCGGUGCCAUGCCCGCUCCGACCCCCCGCGCCCCCGGUGACUGAACGGGGACCGCAAAGCACCGGGAUGUCCCGGUGCGCUCCGCUCGCCCUGCUCGCCGUUCUGCUGGCCGCCCCGGUGCUGUGCUGCGGGCCGGGUCGGGGCCCGGUGGGACGGCGGCGGUUCGGCCGGCGGCAGCUUUCCCCGUUACUCUACAAACAGUUCGUGCCCAACGUCCCCGAACAGACGCUGGGAGCGAGCGGGAGGGCGGAGGGCAAAGUGCUGCGGGGGUCGGAGCGAUUCAGGGAGCUGGUGCCCAACUACAACCCCGACAUCAUCUUCAAGGACGAGGAGAACACGGGGGCGGACCGGCUCAUGACGGAGCGCUGCAAGGAACGCGUGAACUCUUUGGCCAUUGCUGUGAUGAACAUGUGGCCGGGGGUGAGGCUGCGUGUGACCGAGGGUUGGGAUGAGGACGGUCACCACCUCCCCGACUCGCUGCACUACGAGGGCCGGGCUCUGGAUAUCACCACGUCGGAUCGGGACCGACACAAGUACGGGAUGCUGGCCCGGCUGGCUGUGGAAGCCGGUUUCGACUGGGUCUAUUACGAGUCCAAAGCUCACAUCCACGUCUCUGUCAGAGCAGAUAACUCCUUGGCCAUCCGAACCGGCGGCUGCUUCCCCGGCCACGCCACGGUAACGCUGCGGAGCGGUGAGAGCCGCGGUCUGGCUGAGCUGAGACGCGGCGAUUGGGUUCUAGGAGCCGAACCGGGAGGGCGACUGGUACCGACCCAAGUGUUGCUCUUCCUACACCGAGACCUCGGCCAAAGGGCUUCGUUCGUGGCCAUCGAGACGGUGUCUCCAUCCCAAAGGCUGCUCCUCACCCCGUCCCAUCUCGUCUUCGCUUCCCGAGGGCUCACGAACGGCUCAACCAAAUUCCUGCCCGUUUUCGCCCGUCGGUUGAGACCCGGAGACUCGGUUUUGGCCCACGGGGACAAAGGGCUGAGACCCGCAAAGGUGCUGCGGGUAUCGAGGGAGGAAGGGGUCGGGGUCUUCGCCCCCCUCACCUCCCACGGGACCCUCCUGGUUAAUGGGGUGCUGGCAUCCUGCUAUGCCGUCCUGGAGAGCCACCGUUGGGCGCAUCGCGCUUUCGCUCCCCUCCGGCUCUUCCACGGGCUCCUCUCGCUGCUGCCCGCCCGACCCGAACCGGGGAACGGGACGGUGACCGAGAUGGGCGUCCAUUGGUACUCACGGCUGCUGUACCGACUGGCACGGGGCGUGCUGGGCAGGGAGGGGGCGGGGGGGUAGGGACGCCCCCUCCUGGGGACUCACCGCUGG